AUGGCUGGUUCAGGCAAGACGACGCUGAUCCAGCGCAUCAACAGCCACCUCCACACACGCGGCCAGCCCGGUUAUAUAAUCAACCUCGACCCCGCAGUGGCGCAGCUGCCCUACAGCGCAAACAUCGACAUACGUGACACGGUUGUCGCGCUGUGUGAGAAGCCGCGCGACCCGCCGCUCCAGUACAUAGUGGCGGACACCCCCGGGCAGAUCGAGAUCUUCACUUGGAGCGCCAGCGGGCAGCUGGUGACGGAGCUGUUCGCGUCGGGGUUCCCGACGAUCGUGGCUUACGUGAUCGACACGCCGCGGUGCGCCGCCCCCCAGACGUUCAUGAGUAAUAUGCUGCAGGCGGUCAGCAUUUUGUACAAAACGAAGCUGCCCCUACUGCUGGCCGCGCCGCCGGCCCCGCCGCGCGCUGCGGCGGCGUGCGGCGCGACGCCGCGCUCCCUCGCCCCGCCCCGCAUGGACUCCGUGCGGCUGUCAGCCAGGCACGAGGCCGUGUUCAACAAGAUCGACGUCGCGCGCCACGACUUUGCCCUGAAUUGGAUGGACGAUUUUGAUGCGUACGCGGCCGCGCUGGAGGCCGACAGCAGCUAUGCGGCCACACUCAGCAGAUCCCUGAGCCUGGUGCUGUCAGAGUUCUAUGCUGGCAUCAAAUCCGUGGGCGUGUCCGCAGUCACAGGAGAGGGCAUGGAUGAGAUGUUUGAGGCGGUGGCGGCGUGCGCGGACGAUUACUCCAGAGACUAUCUGCCGGAGGUCGAGGCCCGCCGCGCCGCGCGCGCGGAGGAGGAGCGGCGGCGGAAAGACAGGGACCUCGAGCGGCUGCGCGCCGACAUGGCCGCGGCGGCGCUCGGGCCGGGCGCGGGCGCGGCAGCGGGGGGCGCGGCGGCGGCGGCAGCGGGCGCCUCGGAGGGAGGGGGGGAGGACGAGGGGUUGAGCUGCGAUUACGAGGUUUCGGACGAUUCGAUAGAGCGGUCGGAUGAAGAGGAGCGCGGGUGA